CUCCUAGAGACAAAUACCCAUCCAUGCAUACCCCCAUGUCCUACCUUUGGCAUUAUUCUCUGAUUGAUUGAGAGGUCAGAAGAGAUGCCUCCCCACCUAUCAUUUGCUUCAUUCGACCAACCCAAGAGAGAGGAGCUCAAGGAAAACAAAAACUCUCACAAAGUCAUAGUUGGGGAAGAAGAAGAGAGGAAAAUGCAAAGAGAAAAGGCUAGAGUUGAGUAUAAUGGAUCAAGUUGAUGAUGUUGAUGUUGUUGAUGUGAACUCAACUCCAUUCUUGAGCACUCUUUUUUUCAAACAAUGGAUUUCAAGUUGCCCUCCUGAUUGUAAACCCGUUGUUGGUAUGACUUUCUCUUCCUUAGGAGAUGGUUUUCUCUUUUACAAUGAGUAUGCUUCGAUGUGUCGAUUUGAAGUGCGGUUAGGAGCAGAUAAUAAGCAUCGAGAUGGUACUGUUUUAAGGAAGUAUUUUCUAUGCAACAAACAUGGUUUUAAAGAGGAUAGUGUCAGUAACCAAAAGUGUGUGCUUAAAUCUGAAAAAAUGAAAUCUGGUCAAAGUACAUCUCGCCGAACUGCCCUAAAGAGAACCGGCUGUAGUGCUUAUAAGAGAGUCCAUUUUUAUUCUUUUGGUUCAUAUGCAGUAUACUAUUUUCAUGAGGCACA